AUGAUGUUCGGUCUUAUUAUUUUGAUGAUUAUUUCAUCCACACAUGUAAAACACGGAGAUGAAUAUCUUGAGUCAUCUAUAAAGAUAAAGAUCUAUAAAGGCAGAUAAUCAAGCAAAAAUCACAACAUAUUUGGUGAACUGUCCAGUAACUGCAGUGUCGAUGAAUCCUGUCCACCAGAUAAACCUUUUUGUAGUGAAGUUGGCUGUGUUUACGAAUGUCCAGAACCUUUAUAUAUCAAUGGAACCAAAUGUGUCUACGACUGCGGCGAAAUGUUUGUUGAUGAUAAUCGAAACUGCAUCUCGGCAUGUCCAGAACAAACAUUUUAUAAAGAGACACUUAAACAAACUAUAUCAAAGUCGUAUUUAGAAAGGAAAUGUGUCAAAUGCGACAUGCAUGGUAUGUUUAUUUCAAAUGCAUCAUGUGUGAAUACAUGCCCUUCAAAAUCCAGAUAUAUAGAUGAAAAUACUUGCAUUUCACAAUGUCCAGAGGCGCGAUCUCUUAAGAUAAAUAAAACUAUACAUAACUUACUUCAUUACCAAUGCAUAAUUAAAUGCCCAGCAAUGGAAGAGGAUGGUUUCUGUACAAGUGUCUGUUCCAAAAACAAAGUAGUGUCAGGUUCUUCGUGUCGUGAGCAAUGUCCAUUACAAAUGCCUUAUUUGCUUAACAACUCGUGCCACGCGCAGUGUCCAAAUUAUGCCCCUGCUGACGGAGUUCAAAAUAAAUGUGUGCAAUCAAAGUGUCCAGAUGAAAGACCGUUUGUUGUAAAUAAUACGUGUGUCGAUAGUUGUCCAAAUGAGUUUACCUUAAUUAAUUCUACAUUAAAAGAUAACAUAGGAUUUAAAUACUGCUUAAAAGACUGUGAAGAUAAAUACAAAUACAACAAUAAUUGUGUAUCAGCUUGUCCAUCUGAAACUGUGGCCGUAGAAAACACUUGUGUUGACAGUUGUCCUAUGUAUACGUCUUACAAAUGCAUAGCAGCGGUGGGGUAUAAAUGUGGAGAAAAUAUUGCGAGAAGAUUGACCCAUGCGAUAUGUGUAUAUGAAUGUCCUCAAUAUAUGUUCAUUUGGAAUAACAUGUGUGUGUUUUCGUGUAACAGUGGACUCUCAAUAUUUGGCAAAGAAUGUACUGAAACAUGUCCGGUCGAUAAACCAUAUAAACAAAAUAUAACGCAUACUGUUAACUGCUAUCGUGGUCGCUGUGAAAGCAUUAAAACAGAUUUGAACUGUGUGCAGAAAUGUUCAUCUGAGAGUUAUAUAUCUAACUACUCAUGUUUCCAAUAUUGUCCUUCGAAUUUUCUGUAUGUCGGAAAUAAUUGUGUGUCACAAUGUCCAAAGACAGAGCCACUAAUAGAAAAUUCUACAAUUACAGUAAAAACAUGGUCUUAUCAAUCUACUGAUUAUUACUAUGAUCAUCGUCACUAUACACAAAGUUCGGAAGAAAAACAUAUUCAGAAAUGCGUUGCUGUUUGCAGCACCGGUAUGAUUCUUUUAAACUCUACUUGUGUAAAAACUUGCCCAAUAGGAUAUACAAUAACUGCAAAUAGAACAUGCUCACAGUCAGAAUGUAUCACGAAAUACAAGGAAGUAACUAAAGCAGGCACAAUAUGUCUCGAUCAGUGUAGAUCAAACACAUUUCGUUUCAACAAUACAUGCGUGGAAACAUGUUCAGGUACAUAUAUGAAAUAUCACUUCAAUGGUACCUGCACUGAAAGAUGCCCAGAUGGCUAUAAUAAUAUUGCUGUUUCAGUUACUAAUGAGGUUCAUAAUGAGAGGUAUUGGGAUGAUUAUUGGGAAGGCGACAUUAUAUUAAAUCGCUGCACGAAAGAUUGCGGUGAUGAAUAUUUCCAGUACAAUGGAAGUUGUGUCAAUUUUUGUCAACCACCACUUUUAACGUUUAACCGUACGUGUGUGACAGUUUGCCCAUUAAAUUCACACUUUUAUUCAACAACAUCAUUGUCAUUUAACAGAAUAUCUUUAGAAAAUAGUGGGAAAAGAUUUCAAAAAGAAAAUAUCACUGAAACUAUUCUAAAUUGUGAGAUUAAUUGCCCCAAUAAUACAGUGUUACUAGAUUCAAAAUGUGUAAACAUGUGUCCCUUAAAUAGACGAUAUAUAAUCAAUGGAUCGUGUCAAAGUGCUGAAUGCAAAACAAAAUAUCGAUAUUAUCAUUCUUCUGGAGUAAAAUGUUUUGACAAGUGUCCAACAGGUUUAUUCGUUUCAAACACCACGUGUGUUUUACAGUGUUUGGACAAUCAAUACCAAUUUAAUCAAACAUGUGUACACUCCUGCCCUUCUACACAUCUCAUCAAUGAGAGAUAUAUAACCAGUGAUUUGUUUAGUUGUUGGUACUCAUAUAGUAAAUGCACCAAACGUGUUGUUAAGGUGAAGGAGUGUCGUGAAAAUUGUCCCCCAGAAAAAUUUCUUUAUAAUGGUGUGUGCUUGAACAUUUGUCCAAAGCAUACAUUGACGCUUGCGAAUAGAUGUGUAAAUAAUUGUUCAAUUACUCACCAGAAGAUCGAAGAGAAAAUAAUUUCAAUAUAUAAAUGGGUACUUUACUCAAAUGAUAAUGCAUGGGAGCAGAAAGUUGAAAACCAUGAGACUCGUGAAUGUGUUUCACAUUGUUCAGAGAGACACCAUUUACAAUACCGCAACUCUUGCUUAACCUCUUGCCCAGACGACUUGCCUUUCCAAGUGAACAACGUUUGUGUAGAAAAGUGUCCUGAAAAUAAACUUACUACUUUAACAACAAAAGUGUGUGUUGAUAAAUGUGCGUCAGACUAUGGAGAGUUUAAUAGGUCUUGUCAUAGCAACUGUCCACAACACAUCAAAUACAUUUUUAAUGCAAGAUGUGUGUCCGAGUGCCCAUCAUCACAUCCAGUAGCAUUGGAAAAUGACAGAUUUGUGUGUAGAAAAUCUUGUGGAGGUUCGAAAUUAUUUAGAGAUGGAGAAUGUAUUGAAAGUUAUUCAUGUGAUGACCCAAUGUUUGAAUACGAUGGGUGGUGCCUUCGCAAAUGUCCCGAUGGUUUUGUAUGGUUUAUUUCGUGUCAGAAUACAUUGGUUGCAAAAAUAGCCAUUGGUAUACUCACCAUGCUGCUAGUAGUUUUGUUCCAUUUAAGUCGGCACUUUCUUCUGGACUUCAUUACGGCUGCAAGAUUAAUUUUCAAAUCAAAAGAAAUGAUCGUGAAAAUGGAAAAACAACUGAUACCAUCGGGUUCCAAUUUCAAAUUGAAUGAUAUAAAAAAAGCAACAGACGAUGAAAUAUCUUUACUUUUACCUCACAUGGAAGAUGAACAUUAUUUAUGAGCUUGGUUUUGAAAGAUAGCAAACUAUUUUAAUUUUGUAAAAGUUUGAUUCAAACAAUGAUUAUGACAUUAAUAUAAAUAUCGUUUAUUGCAUAA